AUGGAAGCAUCCACCUUCGUGCGGCUCUCGCCGGAGCUCCGCAACCUCGUCUACCAUCACGUCUUCACGACCGACUACGCCGUCACGCUCAAGACGAAUGGCAUCCAGCAUCCGCUAACGCUGACAUGCCGUCAAAUACGAAGAGAGACACUCCGCAUGUAUCUAUCACUGACGACCUUCAACGCCCAUCUAGACGAUGGCCCGACCACACCUCUCGCGCAUUGGCUUCAGACCAUUGGCGCAGAGAUGUGUCUUCUCCUCCGCGAGGUGCGGAUUUGGGACAUGCACACGCUCAACGCGACGCUGCGCGGGACGGAGAGUACAGAGCGCAUGCUUACGGGGGAGAAGGCGGAGGAUGGGGGAACGUAUGUGCUCCGACCCGUCGGCCGCCAGUUUUUCUACAAAAGCUGGUUCCUCAAGGACAUCAAUUUGCCGCUGCGCUCGCUCGGCCUGGGACUCGAGCGCAUCUGCAUCCUGCAGGACGACGGCAGUUUGAAGCAGACGUCACAGUUUGCGCUUCUGCCGGUUACAUCGCCGCCGGCGGUGGUGGAUGGGUGUGCGGCGAUGGCGGAGGAGUUUGGGCUUAGUGAGGCGGAGCAGACGAGUCUUGCGAGGCAACUUGGGCAGGGAAGGGAGGAGAUUAGGCUGUUGGACGGGAGGAGACAUGUGAUUUUGAAGUUUGAUGCGCAGCGUAGAUUGGUGUCGAUGAGGCAGGAGUUCAUUGCGCGGGACGAGGAGUUCUAUCUCUGA